AGAGAACAAAUGCUAUAUACAUGAUCCCUACUAUUGUAUCACAACUACGACAAUUUAUGUAGCACCUUGGACCUAUAUGACUCUGAAUAUCCCAUUUCUUUUUGGCCAUGUUUUGGUUCAGCAUCUGUUUGGGAUGGAAGAAAAUUUUGAAACUAGCGUUGUUCGUCAUCUGAGAGCUUCUCUAUCAACUCUACCGAUUCACACAAAGGCUAAGUGCCAUAUUCAAUCGGAGCGGCUGAGUUUAAAAUCAAGGUGCAAAAGAGCUCAAUAUUCGUGUUAUUGGCACCGAAGGGGGGUUCACGCCAAAUGGUCUUACUUUGGUGCAGACCUUAUUUACAAGAUAUCGACUCAUCAUAUAUUGAAUUAGUUUUACCAUAUAUCGGCUUUUCGCAGCCUUUUGCACCUUUUCAUGCAUUUUCGUACUCUGACGCAACCAAAAUAUGGCCAGAUUGGGUCAAACAAGGAAUCCAUCAGGCCUGAAAACGUGCAAAUUGCUGUAAACGCACACUUAUCAGUGAAAUUAAAAACCCAUGCCCUAUUAACUCAUUGCCGCGACCCCUCUUUGUUUCUUCUCGCCCUUCACCAACGUUUCACCAGGCCAGUGUAUAUAACUACAUUUUCAUCUAAGAUGCAGGGUAAUCAUGUCAUGGCCAAGCUGCAGUCAUUAAACGCCAUCCAAUGAAGCUUUCUCACUUGUAUCUUAAACGCUAGCAGAGGAUACUUGAAUAUCGUACAUGCGGCCCACUGUCGGGAUAUCACGAGGCUGCUUUCUUCACUAUUUUGGUUUAAUAUGUCACUGGAAAUACUAUCAAGAAAACGAUACCCUUCUCGAAUUACACAUUCAGAUAGUGCCUCUCUGAAAUCGUUACGACCAAUUGGCCUACCGAUAAAAGCUUGCCCGGCUUCAAUUUCAGGUACAACCAAGUUCUUCCCACUCUUUCGUCUACCCGAGACCGACUCCAGCAAUAGUUCAGUGCGUGACUCAGUCAGGCUGUAAUGUCAUAAUUCAGCCUGAGAAUACAGUAAACGUAGAUCAUCUAGGUUAUCGAUUCAAAUCCGCUGGUCGCCCACCGACAGGAGGCAUAUAAGGGUUGCCGCGAUCUAUUGUAUGUCAAUAGAUGAACUCGAGCCGAGUCCCAAUCAUUACCUAUUUGGGACGAGUUGCAGUUCAACAGGGGAUGACAAUGCUAUAAAUUUAGUCCGCACCCGUGCGUAAUGUUUUACGUCGCAGCACAUGGCUGUCACUGGGGUUGCAAACCUCGAAUAGAUCAACAAGCCCACCCUAGCUAUAGUGCUAGUUUUCAUAGCUGCAUAUGUUAUUAUGAAUGGCCGAGUAAAGCGCAAAACAAGCAUACUGCUGCCGCCGAGUCCCUUUGCCUGUGCUGGGCAACGUGCUUGGCUUCAAUUCCAAGGAGCCCUGGAUCACUUAUAUGGAGUGGGCAAAAGUUCAUGGUGAUCAUAUACCCGUUUACUCAACCAAUCAUCGUUGUCAACUCCGAAAAAGUGGCUAAUGAUCUUCUUGAGCGUCGCGCAAGUAACUACUCUGAUAGGCCGCAGUUCAAUACUACCCACUUGUUUGGAUGGGGUUUCACUUCAAUAUUUUUCAACUAUGGCAACAGAUGGCGACUGCAUAGGCGACUUUUCCAGCAGGCCUUUCGAGCUGAUGCUGCUCUGACUUAUCGGCCUGUGCAGUUGCGUAAAGUACACCAACUUCUAGCUAACUUACUUGAAACCCCCGGAGAAUCUUUUGAUUGUUUACAAAUGCUAUCUGCGGCUAUAAUAAUGGAAGUGACAUAUCGAUAUGACCCAGCACCCCGCCAUGACCCUUUAGUGAUGGCUGUGGAGCGCACGGCAGAUAUACUCAUCAAAGCGCUAAGGCCUGAGGGGGCUGUGGUCUUCAGUGUAUUUCCAUUUUGCGACACAUCCCUCCUUGGUUCCCCGGAGCAGAUUUCAAGCGCAAAGCCAAUGAAUGUCAGAAGCUGACUGUUGAUGUAGUU